AUGGUGCAGUACAGCACGGGCAAUCGAUCAAGGCAGCCGGCGGCGCCUCUGAGCGCGAGCGACGCAACGUCCCCCACGGUUUCCGGGAUCGCGGCCAUCUGCGACCAGGUCUCUCUCCAUCUCCCCAGGCUGGCUGGCCGGGGGGAUCCUGUCUCGCCUCGCGCCCCCGCGGAGGUUCUCGCUUCGCAGCAGUCAAAACGCCGGUCCCAUCCAGCAACGUCGGUCGGUGCCCGUUGA